CGGAAAAGUCUUGUAUCUGUCAAGUUUUAAAAUGGUUUAUACUUUUGUUAUGUAGCGUAUUAUAUUUUAUUAACGUUAUUAUUUGUGAAACGUAUAGUAAAAUUAAGCCAAGAAUUAUAAACAAGAAGUAAGAAGUAAAAUAUGGUACAUUAGUUUGGUUUCUCUUGUCAGAAGGUUGGUUUUCGUGACGUGGAUGUAAAUUUCUAGGUUAUACGUCUAGAUAUAUGUAAUUAUUGAAUGUUAAGUUACUAAGUCCUUUACUGGAAAAUGUUUGAAGUAACAGAUACACAAAAAAUUGGUGUUGGAUUGGCAGGGUUCGGAAUAUUUUUCCUUUUCCUAGGAGUCCUAUUAAUUUUUGAUACAAGUUUGUUAGCCUUAGGAAAUAUAUUGUUUUUGUCUGGAUUAGCGUGUGUCAUUGGUAGGGAACGGACAUUCAGAUUUUUCUUCCAGAGGCACAAAGUUAGAGGGUCGUUGGCAUUUUUUGGGGGAAUUAUACUAGUACUUAUAAAAUGGCCAAAAUUAGGGAUGAUAGCGGAGUGUUACGGAUUCUUCCUGUUGUUCAGUGGGUUCUUCCCAGUUGCCAUAAAUUUCUUGAGGAGAGUACCUAUAUUGGGAACGUUUUUAAAUCUUCCGGGUAUAAGUAGUCUAGUUGACAGAUUGGCUGGAGACUCACACCGGACAACCGUCUAAAAGUUAAUCUUAGUAACAGUUUUGUUUUUUACGAACUUUUGGUUAAGGAAUGUGAAAUAUAGUGUAGGUAUGUUUUAAAAUAUUUUUUUAAGACAAUUUUAACACUGAAGUUUAAAAGGAUUGUGUAAUAUAUGUAUGCAUCUGUAUUUAUUAUUUAUAAAUAAUUAUGGUAUUUUUGUACAACCCGAAUAUGAUUCUAUACACCCCCGUGUCACAAUAAAUUCUUUUGUUAACA